GCAGCUUGAACGCAUCUUGGGGAGACGACUUGGCCAACAGCAGUUGGACGUCGCACUGGCGGCCCGACUAUUCGACAUCAUUUCCAGCGGGCGGAGACAAGUCUCUUCGUGUCUACGGGCUACCGUGACGAUGACAUUCUCAACACGACUGCCUGCGGAGUUCACGAGCCUCUAUCGGCUCGUUCUACGAGCCAGCGCUGCAUCUGUGUUGAACAAAGGGCCUGCCACGGGAAGAUUGCGAAGCGUUUGGAGACCGGGUUUUGAACGCGCGGCCGGAGUGCUACAUCACCUGCGGGGUACUUCAUUGACUGAAAAUGAACGGACGACUCUGCAGCGGUGGUACAGUGCCUGGGAGGUCCGGAUGGACAAGACGUUGACUUUACUGUCGAGCUCUGCCCGCUCCCGCGGUCUAGCACACCAUGUCACCCGUAACCUGAGCCAACUCAAGUGGUCAUACGACCAAGCACUGAAAUACCACACCCUAUGGAAUCAGAAUAUCCCGAGACCACGGUGGAAGCCAGACCUCCCGCCCGAUCAUAUUCAGUACAAGCCUGCGCCCAUAGUGCCUGGAAGUCCUAUGGACAUCCGAAUGGAUGUGAAGUCUCGCCGACGCCAAAUGAGUGCAGAACUCUGGUAUACUCUCGGUGAGGUCAUCAUGAUGGCUGAGGGCAGAGACGGUUUGUCCCUUGGGAGAAUCAAGACACGGAAGCGGUAAAGGGAUAGAGUUCCGCAGCGGUGGGGCCUCAGGCAAGCAUGCUGCUGAACAGGGCGGGGUGUGUUCUGCGUCAUGGUGGACGAGACUUGUAUCAACAAAUGUUCAUGCAUGAUACGCACGUCCGGUCACCGGUGUAACACCACAGUUGCUGCCUUACCAUGUAGGUCUACCCUACUCGAAUAUCCGUAACACGGCUAGCUUUCGUCUUACAUGUCUUACCUGGCCACGGCACGGGCAUCCGCGCUCUCUGCCUCUAACUAUCGAUAUGUUCUGACGAUCCUCGGUCUGAGAGCCGGAGCAUCCACAUCAAGUAGGCCGCCACCGAAGACAUCGCGUGUGAAACAUUGGUACGCCCAUUCCCGAUUCCCUGC